GGGGAGGGGCAGAGGGAGGGACAGAGAUGACAAGAAAGAGUUGGAGCAGUGAGAAUUAGAGAAAUACAAAUGAUGGGAGCGAAGCCAUCUAAAAGAAGCAGCAUGAAGAAGGGGGUCCCGCCCCUGGAAGGCAGUGGACUGCCAUUGGCAUCGGCUAUGUUAGGAGGCAGCGGUGAUGCGGCGGCUGAGGAUGAGGAUGAUGAAGAAUUGGGGCAACCUUUUGAGGAGCCGAUAUGUGCUCUGGUUCAGAACUGUACCAUGCUACACAACAUCGUGGGCCCAGCCUGCAUCUUUCUCCGACAAAGCUUCGCUCAGGCUCAACUUGACAGAGAUCUACGGCCGGAGGAAAUUGAAGAGUUGAAAGAAGCCUUCCGAGAAUUUGACAAAGACAAGGAUGGGUUCAUUAGCUGUAAAGAUCUGGGCGAGUGCAUGAGGACAAUGGGCUACAUGCCCACAGAAAUGGAGCUGAUUGAACUCAGUCAACAGAUCUGUGGUGGUAGAGUGGACUUUGAGGACUUUGUAGACUUAAUGGGCCCAAAGAUGCUGGCUGAGACAGCGGACAUGAUCGGAGUGAAAGAACUGAGAGAUGCUUUCAGAGAGUUCGACUCAGAUGGUGAUGGUCAGAUCAGUCUGGCUGAGCUGAGGGAAGCCAUGAAGAAGCUGAUGGGAGAGCAGCUCAACCACAGAGAGAUUGAUGAAAUCCUCAGGGAUGUUGACCUCAAUGGAGAUGGGCAGGUUGACUUUGAAGAGUUUGUCCGGAUGAUGUCUCGCUAACUUAGAGGACUCAUGAAAAAGAGAGAGAACAAUCAGUUUGCCAACUCCUAAUGUGAAGAGUGAAAUACUGUGCAUCUCAUUUAAUUAACUACCUUAUGUAAUUAUUUAAACCAUAGUGUUUCCCCAUGCAGGGAGAUUUAUUUCACAUUUUUGUUUUUGACAAAUA